UAGUUCCGUCGUCUUCUUUGUUCUCCAGAAUCUCAUUGAGUUUGGAGCGGUUCGUAAUCUGAAGGAUUUGUAGCAAAACUGUUGUCUCUGUUUAACGAAAAUGGAACAAAAAUGCAAAAUCGGUGGUGAAGGAUUGGGAAAUCGAGGUUUAGUGAAUGAGGAGGACAGGCUCAGUGAGUUGCCUGAAGCUUUGCUUCUACACAUAUUGUCUUCACUUCCAACAGAAACUGUCAUAGCUACUACUGUUUUGUCCAAAAGUUGGAAAUCUCUCUGGAAGAUGUUGCCAAAACUCAAGUUUGAUUCUAGGUAUCACCAAACAUUUUCAGAGAAUGUUUGUAGAUCUUUGAUUUCACAUAAAGCUCCUGUUCUAGAUAGUUUGCAUUUGAGAGUUGAAGAUAAGGGUGAUGCUUUAGAGAUGGGAUUAUGGAUUGGAAUUGCAAUUGCACGUAAUGUGCGUAAAUUGACACUGAAGUUUGUAUUUCAGGAGGAAAGCUUAGUAAGAAUUCCGAGUGGUUGGUGUAGUUUUAAUGAUACACUUGAAAUCUUGAAACUCAAGUCUUGCAUUCUUUUAGAUUUUCCUUCUCUAGUUUGUUUGAAGUCUCUUAGAAAGCUGCAUCUCUACCAUGUGAAAUUCAAAGACGAAGAAUCUGUUUGCAACCUUUUAUGUGGCUGCUCUAGUCUUGAAGAUUUGUUUGUGCAUCGAGAAAGCUGUACCGAUGUGGAGACUUUCACUAUUGCGGUGCCAUCAUUACAGAGACUAACCAUAUAUGAUGAUUACUGUGGAGAAGGUGUUGGAGGCUAUGUGAUAAAUGCUCCUUCUUUGAAAUACUUGAACAUCGGCGGGUUUAAUGGUCUUGAGUUUUGUUUGAUUGAGAAAGCGCCAGAGCUGGUGGAGGGCAAAAUCUCUGACAUUUUUGAAAUAGCCAAUGAGAACAUUUUGGAAUCUCUAACUUCAGCCAAACGUCUUUCCAUAAACUUAUCACCGUUAAAGAUUAAGUAUCCUAUUGGUAAAAUCUUCUACCAGCUUUUAUCUUUGGAGCUUCGUACAUUUAGCUAUGAGUGGUGGAAUCUACUUUCGUUCAUGCUCGAUAGUUCUCCCAAAUUACAAAUUCUUAAGCUCAUCGAUCCAUAUCGAUUUGCUAGAGAUGAUUGUCCGGUGGGCUGGGAAUGGAGUCGACCCAAAUAUGUACCUGAAUGUUUGUUGUUUCAUCUUGAGACAUUUGUGUGGACAAGAUAUGAGUGGCAACGAGAAGAUGAGAAAGACGUGGCUACAUACAUUCUAAAAAACGCAAGACAGUUGAAGAAAGCAACUUUCAUCACAAAAUCCAUCAUACCCGAAAACCUCAAGAAGUUGGAAAAGAGAAUGGAGAUACUCAACCAGUUGGCUUGUGAGGCCAGGGCUUCAAAGUCAUGUCGCCUCGUGUUUGAAUCCGUGUAAUCUCUUUAACUAUUUUACUAUGAUGUUUGGCCAAAAUUCAACUUUACCUAUUGAUGGGACAUUAAAUAUUGGUUACAUUGUGAGGAAGAGAUUCAGAAGAUAAUUCAAGGAGUAAGUAAAGUAAAAUUAUUAGUGA